CGUGUGCAGCUCCUCCACACCCAGAACACCAGCUUGAUCAACACCAAGAAGAAGCUGGAAACAGACAUUGCCCAAAUUCAGGGUGAAAUGGAGUAUACGAUCCAGGAAGCCCUCAAUGCUGAAGAGAAGGCCAAGAAGGCCAUCACUGAUGCGGCCAUGAUGGCGGAAGAGCUGAAGAAGGAGCAGGACACCAGCGCCCACCUGGAGAGGAUGAAGAAGAACCUGGACCAGACGGUGAAGGACCUGCAGCACCGUCUGGAUGAGGCUGAGCAGUUGGCGCUGAAAGGUGGCAGGAAGCAAAUCCAGAAGCUGGAGGCCAGAGUGCGGGAGCUGGAAGGGGAGGUGGAUGCUGAGCAGAAGCGCAGCGCUGAAGCCGUGAAAGGUGUGCGCAAGUACGAGAGGAGGGUGAAGGAGCUGACCUACCAGUCUGAGGAAGACCGGAAGAAUAUUCUCAGGCUGCAGGAUCUGGUGGACAAGCUGCAAAUGAAGGUGAAAUCCUACAAGAGGCAAUCUGAAGAGGCUGAGGAGCUGUCCAAUGUCAACCUCUCCAAGUUCCGCAAGAUCCAGCACGAGCUGGAGGAAGCCGAGGAGCGGGCUGACAUUGCAGAGUCGCAGGUCAACAAGCUCCGAGCAAAAAGCCGGGAGUUUCAUAGGAAGAUAGAAGAGGAAGAGUGAGGAUGUCAUGAGGCAGCAAAGUGACCUGAGGGAUGCACAAAAUGUGAACCUCUUGGUCGCUUUCUUCUGUAAUGAGUCUUUGUACCCAUUUCAAUGUCUAGAGAAUAAAGACUGUAGAUUCCUGUGCACACACA